AUGGACUCUGCUAACCCCACCCUCCGUCUGACUGCUGAUGUCCCGGCUUACGCCCUCGCCAGAUGUAGAAAUGGAGACAAACCACUAAUGGCUGUAGAUGUGGUCAACUACUCCCUGGAUGGCUCCUUCAGUCAGUCCUACGUCGGUACACUCUGCCAGUUUUACAAAAAGCAAGGUGUACGAACUUACACGGUGAACGUAGAAGUCGGUUGGGGAGAUCGGGACACUCAGAUAAUUCAACAGCGUGAAACCCACACGAUUUCCUGUGCUUACGACGAUCACGGCAAAACCGUCUCUAAAACAGAGACAAUCGCCGACUGGUUUCUGAAUCCGUGGGAAAAGCAGACCCUUCUGGGUGGCAAUUCUUCCGCUUCCUUCACUCUCAAGGUCAUGGACGUGUUGGGACAGGAAGUUACGUCAGGCCAGCUCUCGAUCGGCCGAAAGGUUCAGCUUGUUGCUUGGGAUACAGCAGGUCGUCUGAACUCGUUUCGAGCCCUCAGCUGUGCAGCUGUAAACUCGAAAAGUCGGUAUAACAUUUUAAGAGCCGGAUGCGGUGACGGGCAAAUCUUCCCAAAAACCAUAGGAUUCGAGACCCGAGGUAACUGCGUGUACAGUCCAUGGUUUGAGGCCUUCAAGCUAUCAGGUGGAGACAACACGCUAAGAUUCGAGUGUACCUACACGGCCUGCAAAACGAACUGCGAUGGGGAUUCCUGUGUGGUUGAAGUCGAUGGCAAACCUUCCGUCCCCAAAAGAUCUCAAGAAGAUGUUGUCAAUGUAGCCGGUUCAGACGAUGUAGCCGGUUCAGACGAUGUAGACGAUGUAGCCGGUUCAGACGAUGUAGACGAUGUAAACGAUGUAGCCGGUUCAAACGAUGUAGCCGGUUCAAACGAUGUAGCCGGUUCAAACGAUGUAGCCGGUUUAAACGAUGUAGCCGAAACAUUGGUGGCCACUUCCAAAUCUUUGGAAUUACGUUGA